AUGAUAGUAGUGAAAGAGUUGGAGCUAAAAAUGGAAAUGAUUUAGAGAUCAAUAGAGAUGAAAUUGAAUUUUAUAAAUAAAAUGAAUUAAAUUAUCAUUAGUAAAGAAUGUGAAUUUUUAUUAGAUAGAGAGCUGUUGGUAGACUAUAUAAAUAAUUUAAUAUUUUAUAUAAGUAAAUGA